AUAGACAUGGCCAACCCGAGCGGCAAGACGGCCGUGGCAGGCCCAUCGAAGAAUGGUCCCCCGCAGAAUCGCAAGAAGGACUUCGUUGUCCUUACUCUCCUGCCACCGGAGACAGUCCCGCGAUCGCAAGCGAAGCCCAACCAAGUUCCUCGCAAUGUUCUCGCGCCCCGUAAUCAGGCAGUUAUCAAGCAAGAGCUCGGCGACGGAGGCUGUGUCCUCCCGCGCUCUCGUUCUCCGCUGGCAACAGAGCUAGCCGACGUUGACUCUCGCAUACGGCGAUUCCUCGAAGAGCACGCCAUGCCCCUACCAAAGACCCCCGGCCCAGCGGCCGCGCUUGACCGACUCGCAGAGUUCAUCGCGCAGCGUGCAAGCGGGAUCGCUAAGCUCAGAGGUCAGCUUACUAAGAGCCGGAAGCGCCGUCAGAAGACAACCAAACGGUUUGACGAGAAAGCCGCCAGGCUCGGCGAAGAGCUCGUGGAGAAGACCGAGAAGCUCGCGGAGAUUGAGCGGGAGGCGCAAGCAUCGAGCGCUGCGAAAGACGAGGAACUAGGCAAGGUUAGCACGGAGCUUGCUCUCACACGCAAAGCGAACCUUAGCGAGCGCCUCGCUCGCGAUUCGCUUCAGACCGAUUUGGCCAACGAGCAACGUACCACCACCGUCAUGGGACAAACGAGCCGUCAAGAGGUGGAAGCUGAGCGUCAGAGGUCGCGGGACAACCUCGGGUAUUUCGAGAACUUUUUGGCUGAAGCUAUGGAACGUGCGCCGGCCGUACUCAGCCCGUAA